AUGGAAAUCAGAUCAACUACGUAUGCCAAUAUCUUUGAAACAUCCUCAACUUUAGAGGCUGUUCCUACUAUCAUAUCUAAUCGUCAAAUUCCAAUAUGUGCACAAUGGAAUGAAACUGGUAUUACCAUUGCUGGUCACAGUAAUGACAGUUUCUCAUUAAACGGACCACUAGGUUUAUUUAUUGAUUCAACUACGGAUAAUACAUUAUAUGUUGCUGAUUUUUCGAAUAAUCGUAUACUAAAGUAUAAUACUUUGUCAAAUGUAGUCACUACUAUUUACAACGAAACAGGUAGUUUUCCAACAACAGUUUAUGUUGAUAGUGAACAAAAUAUUUAUAUUGAUGCUUCUGGUGAAAAUCAAAUUCUAAAAAUAUCAUCAACAAAUGAUAGUCUUACCGUUGUAGUUGGUUCAGGCACAUUUACAAAUAGUUAUGGUUUUAUAACUGAUGAACGAAAACAACUAUUAUACGUAUCUGAUGAUAGUGGCCAUCGCAUUUUAAAAUGGAACUUAAAUACGACAAUACCUUAUGUGGCAACACUUAUUGCAGGUGUAACAAACCAAUCAGGCUCAGACGAACUACAUUUGAAUUUUCCACGUGGAUUGGAUAUAGCUCGAGAUGAACAAGAAAGCUACUUGUAUGUUGCUGAUUUUGGUAACAAUCGUAUACAACGUUAUUUUAUUGGGAAUAGCAGUGGUGAUAAUAUAGCAACAGCUGGUACAACUAUUGCUGGUAAUGGUACGUCAGGCAACAGUCUAAAUCAAUUGAAUGGUCCGCGUAAUUUGUAUAUUACUGAAAAUAAUGAAAUAUUUAUAGCUGAUACAUUAAAUCAUCGUAUUAUGAAAUGGUUUUUAAAUUCAACUAGUGGUAGUAGUGGUGUAUGCGUUUUAGGAUGUGCAAGUGUGCCUGGUAAUGGAACGACUGAAUUAAAUCAACCAUCUGAUAUAAAAUUCGAUUCCGAUGGAAAUCUAUAUGUAUGUGAUACAGGAAAUAAUCGUAUACAAAAAUUUAAUAUUUUAAUUGAUGACAGUUGUGCAUGA